AUCACUGUAUCGCUGACUGAUGGAAAUUCCUUAUUUAUCUGUUCAGCCAGUGCAUUAAAGUUAACCAUGCCAGUCCAAACACAGCGCAGUGUCAAUCAUUUUGGGAUAGAGGUUGCCGACAGUGUUACAUGGCAGGGAUGGGAACCUGGUGGAGAAUACACUCAACAAAUUGUACUAAAAAAUGUGCAGAUUAAAACACAAAAACUACAGUACAAGUAAGUAUUUGCUUUCAAAAAACUGCAGUGUUUUGUCAAAGGAUUGAUUGGAACACAGUUAGUUGGACAACCAAUGUAGCAACACAUUUACAGGACGUACAAUAGUGUAUCAUGCCAGACAAGUUAUUUUUUGAAGCACCCAGAUAGAUCUCACUGUUGUUAGUUGUAGAAUCAAUAAUACUCUGGAAAAUCUAUUUAGAUUCUUGUUUAAAAAACCACUUCCUAAACCUCUUUUUUUUUGUCUUUGUUUUAAGGUCUCCAUCAAGUAGGUUUUUUACAACACUUUAUCCCAAGCCGAUUGUUUUGAGUUCUGGUACAAGCUUUACACUGCCUGUCACAUUCAGACCUCUUGAAAAGGUAGCUAUUUAAUCUAUAAAUAAAUCUCUGUUGUCAAGUAGUGCAAGGUAUGCAUUGAGUAUUUUCUAAUGUUUCACAUUAGACAUUAAAUUAAAUUAAAUGUUUCACAUUUCACUUUGUAGAUUUGAUUAAAAAUAUUAUUUCAGCUGAUCAUGAGUAGGUAAUAUUGAAUGAAAGAUUUUAAUAUGUUUUCUGUAUUCUAUUUUGCUGUAGGGACAAUAUGAAGACUGUAUUGAAUUUGAAACACAUGUGAGUUUAGUCAUUGUUUACCUAGUCUACACCCAUUAUUAAUCCCAAGUAAUUCCUUUAAUUCUAUGGCAUCAAGCUUCAUGCGAGAAUGUUUUGAGAUGCAUUUUCAUUAAAUCUGUUUUCCUACUCAUAGGCUUUAUCAGUAACUGUCUUCACAUUGUGGGUAGCUCCUCCUAAAAUGUUCUGCAAUAAUAUUAAAUCCCCUACCAUUGGUAUAGGAUUUAAUGGAGUCAGAACCAAUUGAGGAAUUUUCUGUCUUUCUUCUGGCUGUCUGAACUCCAAAGACAAGCUAUUUAUUAAUAAACAACAUCCAGCUUAGAGUGUGGUUUAAGGCAAAACUGGAUAACGUUAAGAUGUUGAAUCUUUAUCUCAUCUCUACUUUCUAUAGGUUUGUGGACAAAUUAUUUACAGUUAUUAUAAAAAGGGAAACAAUUGGUUGUAAGUAUUUUCACUGUUAGUAAGCCACAAGUCUCAUUCCUCUGUUUCAGGAAGGAGUUUUCUCCAUUCCCAUGAAAGCUGUGUUGCCAAAGGCAGAUAUAGCCGUACCAGAUUCCUUGAAGUUUGGCAUGUGUGCAGUGAAGGACUCUGUUGAAGUUGUAUUCCAGAUUACAAACACAAGGUAAAUAAUUUCAGGGGAAAAUUAACACAGGAAAGUAACUUUUAAAAUCCAUAAAAAUAAAAUUUUUAAAUUUUCAAAUUUCAUAGAAUAGCCUGCGAGCAAGCUCUCCAGGGAGCUCUGGCGGCAGGGCGGGAAAAGGAAGGAGAGCUUGCAACUACAUCUCUAGAAUUUGAAUUCCACCUCUACUUCCCCUGUGCCUCCCUGUCGACUGAGUUGUUAGAUUUUCUCCAAUCAGCACGAAGUGGCAAUGAGCGCGAAUGUAAACAAACUUUGAAAAACAUGUGCCAAGAGUAAUGAUGUCAUUACUAAUGUCAUCUCUGCCAAUCAGCAUUUCGCAUUGACUUUUUCGAUACAGGUAUUCAAAUUCCUGAGAUGAAGUUGCGAGCUCUCCUUCCUUUUCCCGCCCCGCCCCCAGAGCACGCCAGAGAGCUUGCUGGCAGGCUUGUCAUCUAAUGAAUAAGUUAACAUUUGAAAGAAAUACGCUGCAACAUGUUGUUUUCAUUCCAUAUUAAUUUCCUUUUUUUCUGCUUCUUUUGAUCAGCGACCUUGUGACAAAGUUCCAGUGGAAGGUGUUAGAACCAUUUUCUGUUGUUCCAGAAAGUGGAACCAUGGCUCCAAGAACUUCAUGCAGUAUCAAAGCAUCAUUUUGCCCCACAGUAAGAUCUCUAAAGAAAUACCAUAGAUGAAAAUAAUAAAAUUUAAUGUUUGUUACCCUAGCCCUCCAGUUCUAUUACGUAAUUUGUAACUGAUGUAGUGUACCAUUCUUGGCUGAAGUGUAAUCUUCUUUUACACUGCAAACAGAACUUGUCAGUUUUUAGGUAACUGAUCCAUCUUGGAACUGCCCUAUAAUCAUCUUUUGAACUACUUGAUUUUCGGGUAUUGCUUAUCUCAACUUUCACUAUGUUUUUGUGGGUAAUUCGAAGUAGCAGACUAAUUACAUUUCCUUGAAUUAAGAAAUCAUUUGCCCUCCAUUUCUGGUUAAAGGAGUGCGGGAAACGAGGCUCCAACAGGCUCCCUACAAAUUCUCCCUGUGAUUUUCAAGCAAUCCAUAUACAAGGCAAAUUGUAAACCAGAAAAAAAAUUGAACUACAACAUAUACAUUUGUAAAAGUCAGCUUCCUUUUCUCUGUUUUUGUUUUCAUCUUACAAGUUAUUAACAUAUCCCAUCAUGUUCAUUUUUUUUCCAGGCAGCACUGGUUUAUGAAGCUACUGCAAUAUGUACUUACUGUGCUGGUCAAAAGACACCUUUUACAAAGCAUGUGAGAAUUGAAGGAAUAGGUAAUAAUAAUAAUCAUAAUCAUAAUCAUAAUAAUCAUAAUAAUCAUAAUAAUCAUAAUCAUAAUCAUAAUAAUUAAUAACAAUUGUUUAUUGAUAAAAAUGCUUUAUUAUUAAUAAUAUUUUGCUUAAAAAAGCUGUCCAGUGAAAGCUUUAUUUUACCAAUUUUAAUAAUAAUAAUAAUAAUAAUAAUAAUGAUAAUAAUAAACAUUUUUUCAAUUAAAAAUUAAUAAUCUUUUAUUGAUAACAAAGCUAACUAUAAAAUCCUUUUUUUACAGUAAUCAUUAUUAUUAUUUUCACUUAAAAAAACUAUUCAGUCAAGCCUUAUUUACAAUUCCUUUCGAUUACAAAAAGACACUUAACUUCGAUGAAAAUAAUUCAUUUAUGUUAAAAAAAAUUAUUCGAAUUAAAAACAUUUCCUUUCAGUUAAAAAACAGCUUUUUUCAAGGGUAAAUGUAUUCAAGGAAUAAAAUAAAAUCAACAAUAAUAAUCCCGUCAUUUGAUUAGGGAAGAGAUAGAUCAGUUCAUUCCAUCUAGAAAAAAAGUUAACGUUCAUAAAGGCUAAACAUAAACUAUUGCUGACAGUUAGGAUUCCUAAACUUUGCUUUUUAAACUCAAUCAGGUAAAUUUCCUCACCUGAUGGCCAGUGUUCCAGGAUCUAAGGAAACUUCAGAGUUAACGAGUGAUGGUGAAGUUGAACUAAACUUUGGAGAAGUACCUGUUCAAACCAGUGCUAGCAAGUGGAUUGAGCUUCAUAAUGUUUCACCAGUAAGUACAGUAUUAAACUCUGUGAUAUGUUGUUGUCACUUCCCUUGUGCUAUGCAUUUAUUCAGUUGAAGCUUUCCUAACAGACAUUCUCGUAAGCAGACAGCUCAAUACUAACGGCCGCCUUCACAAAACCCUGUUUUUCUCAACUUCCAUACAAGCUCUGUAUUUUUAAAUUCCUGCAAGUGGCCAGCUCCAGUCACUUGGUUUCUUGCGUACCGAGGAUGUUGGCUCAUGAGAGCUUCACUGUAUUUUCAAAAAUAUGCAUGAUAUCAUUGUACACUUCUUUGUAGUGUACUACGCUGUAGAAUGGCCGUGACAGUUUUUUUUUCAUUUCACUUCACACAGCAAGGUCUUCUGAUCUUGAUUCAAGUUACCCCACAGAAACCAUCUUAUUUAAUUUUUUUUUUUAUGAAGAUUAUAUUCCUGAGGUUGCUGCUGCAUUAUACGUGUGCUUGUCUGACUAUAAUUAUUGUAACAAACAGACACCCUGUCUCCUGCAAAUAAAAUAAACUGAAUUUUAAUGAAAUUCCAAACAAUCACAAAACUGUUCUUACCUAGUAUCAAUCUUGAUACAAUCAAGUUGGCUGACGUCGUAUUUAAUUAAAUGAAUUAUUUGUCAUUUAAAGGUUAACGCACCUUUCCAAGUACUUCAGCCAUCAGCUGCUACUAAUGUUGAUACAGUGUUUUCAUGCUCUCAUUACCAUGGCGUUGUACCAGCAGAAAGCACCAUAAGACUCAAGGUAAAAAUAGAGCUUUUUUUAUCUGUGUUGACUGAGUAAAAAUUGGGGGGAAAUGUAGCCGGAAAAAACAACAGACAUAUCAUGAUGCACCCCUGAUUUUUGCCCCAAAGUGAUGUCUGAGGAAGGAGAGAAGAAAAUGACUCUUUAUCCAGAACUGGGUAGUGCCACAUCAUCAGUAUGGAAUUGCUGUGCGCAUUCCUCAGACAUCAUUUUGAGGGGAAGCUGUGGUAGCAUCCUGAAAUGUUCUUGCGUAAUACUCCUUCUCAUUGAUGAUUUUCCUAACAUUUCUAUAAAUUUUCUAAUUUUUCUUUAUUUCAUAGGUGUCUUUUACUCCUCAAAAUCCUUGCUUGCAGUCUGUGGAUUAUAUGGACAUUAUGGCUCUUGGAGCUACGAACUGCUCUGUCAUCAAGUGCACUGGAGUGGGGAAAGGUGAUUAAGUCUCUGUAGAGUAUUUUUAAUGGCUAAAUCCUAUCCUGCCAGUAAAAUGUCCCUUUUGUCCAUACCCCAGACCUAACCUGUAUGAUGUUGUACCGGUUGCUUGUUUCUGUUACAGGUCAAAUUUGACUUCUUUUUGGUUAAAAUUUUUUUUACCUGACAGAAGUCAACUUUAACCUGUAACAUAUUGACCUUUCCAUCUCUCCAUUUGUGACCACAAUCACCCAUUCAAAGCACCAAACUCAAUUUUUUCAGUCAAAAUACUGUUAAUAGAUAAUUAUCCUCUAAGCAUCCAGUUCGCUCAAGUAACCAUCAAAUCGUAAAGUUUUUAUGGUCAUGGACAGGAGGCUGUUUAACAUUACAUCCAACUAGUUCAACCACUUUGACUUACCUUAACGCAUGUUAUUUUUUAUAUAAGAUCUUUCUCUCCUUUUGCCUUUGUCAUCAUUUAGUUGCUUGCAGUCUUUUGUUUUUUGUGAGAAAGCAGAAGUGGAGCUUGAUAUUCAUCUUGGUAUUUGCUUAAAAUUUUGACAGGACCAGAUGUUGUUCUUGACAGCGAUUAUCUCGAUAUGGGAGUUGUGGAGUCUGGAAAAUUUGUGGCUAAAAGUUUCAAGAUUUUCAAUAACAGUGACGUUCCUGCAGCUUAUCAGGUAGACAUUCAGUGUCUGAAUCUUAUUGUUUUGAGCACUGUGUUUGUUUUACAGAGACUGUAAAAUCUGGUAUCACUGCUUAUGAAUACCAUAACAUCUGGCAAACAGAAUCCACUUCUAUCAAUCAUUCCAAAAUAUUUAAUGAUCUUAUUUUACAAUGUUUUGAGGAUUUAUUAAGUCAUGUUAAACAAAUAAAAUAGUAUUGAUUGGUUUAAAGGCAAAAACACUAGUGUGCAAAGGAGUUGGUAGUAAUAAAUGGUGAAUCUUGGAGUGAUUUAUUUUUUAAUAGAGAGAUGUUAAUUACAUCUCUGUAUUUACGUAAGUAUAGAUACAAAAUACAUCUAUACUGAUGAGGAUUGUGGACUUUUCACAACUUCAUCUCUAGACUACAUGUAAGUACAUUUGUUUAAUCUCAUUUAAGACGUCAAAAUUGUCAUCAAUCAUUUUGGGUGCAUAUGGUCGUUUUGUAUUAAGGUUUUAUUUUUUGAGCUUUGGCUUGCAAACCAAGGUCUUUACUUAGUUUAUUAAAAAACUAUAAUUGUAAGUUGUUACAUUGUCACAUCUUUGUCUCAGUAACAUUACAUUUUUUCCUUUUUGAACAGUUCAUGAUAGACUGCAGUCAAAGUGUCUUUAAACUGGAGACAACAUGUGGUUUACUGUCUGGUAAAGGAUCAGAGACCAUUGUUAUACGAUUUGCACCAACAAAUCCAAUCAACUAUUACAGGAGGUUAACCUGUCUUGUUCAAAAUCAGGUAACUUUGUCAACAGAGUUUUCACUUAUGUCUUUGAAUGAAGAUACUGAUCAUCUGUCAAGGGAAUAGGCAUAGGGAAAAUGGUUAAACUUUGGAAACUGGAUAUGAGAAAACUUGGAUUAUUAUACGUUUCCGGGAAAGUGCCCACCUACCCCUCCCCUAAGUCAAUAGUUUGCUCUAAGUGAGAAGCAAGUGUUAAUUUUGGCUUAGGGGAGGGGUAGGUGGGCAGUUUCCCAGAAACGUAUACUAAUCUGAAAACUUUUGAUAGUUCUAGGGGACUGGAAGGCUAUGCCACUAUUACUGAAAAAAAUAAAGACAACAACAACAACAGCUUAAGUUAUUUCAAACUCUUUGUUCCAAAAAUAAAUUCAUGCAAGUAGCAAAGGCUAUUUGAGGUGGGUUGUGUAAAAAAAAAGUAGAUUCAUAAAAUAAAUUGUAAAGAAAAAAAAAGUGUUACAGGAAAAAUGAAGAUUAACUAAGUAAGACAAUAGAGCACAAUUAAUUACACCCUCAAUAUGCGAAACGACAGUUUUUGAAAUUUAGACUAGGGACAUACGUAGCCCCCUAGAGGGCCCCAGAUAACCAGAGCUUCAAAAUUUUCACGUAUCUAGUGUCUAAAGUUUAACCAUUUUUUUUCCUUUUUCAUGGUGGUUUAAGAGAUUGUUUGGAAUGAUUUCCACCAAGUGAACCAGGCCCUGAAUAGAAGUAAUGCUCUACUUGAUACUUCCAGUGUAUUCGAGGCUACUUGAGCAUAGAUGGUUUAGCCCCAUUGUCAAUACACUUAAUAAUUAUCACUUCCUAACAAGUAGUGGCUAUGUUAAACUGUUUCAGUUAAAGUUGAAAACAAUUAUUAUUGUUUGCAAUAUUUUUAACAUGAAAUGGUCCAGAGAAUCUACCUAGGCUGUUUUAAGAUUUCACUAACAAUUGUUUAUAUCAAUUUGAACUUUCUGUCAUAAAUUCUGUUUGCUUGUAGGACCCACUUCUCAUUGAUCUGUUUGGAACCUGUCACACUGAACAAGUGAAGCCAGGUAUAGAAAAAAUAUUUAUAUAUGAUUGAUAAUUGCUUCCUAUUUCAAUCUGAUAUCUCCUUAUUUUCACACUGUAAUAAAAUGAGGAGCGAUAUGUUUCCGAACUGUUUCCAGUGUCAGCAAUAUUGAAUUGUUGAAUUCUAAAGACUGUAUCAAAGUUUUAGGAAAAGAAAAAGAAAGUCCUUGUCUUGUGGUCCUGUCCUCGACAAUAACGUGAAAUUAGUUUAGUUGUGCAGCAACAGCGAAGAAAUGUACAAGAAAGCGUGAUGCACGUGCAAAGUUAUUGUUUUGCCAAUCUAAAUCUAUUGCUUUUUUUCCUGUUCUGGUUGCUGUCGCUGUCGUUGUUGCCUAAGCUCCCUAAUGCAGUUGGUAAAACAUGUUUGUCUUACCUCCAGUUGCCAUCUUUGGAAACCUACUUCUCACCUUCUAUUUGUCCACAUAUAAAGACUUCUGGCGCUCUUUUCCAAAGGUUUCAAUCACAGUGAUACUGUCUCAUACCUGUGGACAUGCAAUGUUUAGGGUGUAGUGUGUCAAACACUUCGUAGUAGCUAAUACACUGGACUGCUUCUUGACAUAAAAUUCAGGCUCCAUGGAGUGGGUAGCUGAAAAAGGUUUUUGAUUAUUUAUUUCUAUCGUUAUCUUUGCAAUUUAGCUGUUCUUCAGAAGAAGCAUCUGGAUCAAUACCAAACUCAUGUUAGGCGUGGCUUGUCAAGAAUCUCACCUGAGGUAAUUAGCAUCACUAUAAUCAUGACAUCUGAUUUCAGUAGCUGUGUAAUGCCACAGUGACUGAAUUUUUUUGAGAUGAAGAUUCUUUGGUUCAUAUUAAAUCUUUCAUUUUUGUAGCAACUCAAUGAAGAUCUGAAGGCAAGCAAACUCCAGCUUGAUGAAGAUGGAGCACUGAUGGCAGUAGAGGUUGGUAUCGACAUAUCACAUUGUUCCACUUUUAACCCUUUCACUGCCAAAUGUGGCAAAGGUAAGAUUCGACAAAAAAUCCCAAAUUUCAUUUUGUGAAAUCUUGAAACACAAGUAGCACCAUGUGUAAGUACAGGUAGAGAGGUUUCAUUUGAAUGGUCACUCCAUAGGGUUUCGUCCACAGACUCAAAAGCUACCUUACAAAACUCCAUUAUUCACUCUGGCAGUGAAAAGGUUAAGGUGGCUCCGUAAUUAAUACUAGAGCAUUUUGCUGUGACAAAUUAACCGUCAUAACUUUUUGGUUUUUAACGCGAUGGCUGCGAAACUUCGCAAACAGAAACAGAUAUCAUUCGGCAAUAAUACGAAAUACUCCGAUUUCAUUGAUGGUAAAUAUUUCUUGAGAAAUUAGCGCUUAAAAGGACCCUACUGUUCAAAGAAAAUCGCGUCUAGUAAAAAAUUUUGCUGAUAUUAUAAGUACAUUUGUUUAAUCUCAUUUAAGACGUCAAAAUUGUCAUCAAUCAUUUUGGGUGCAUAUGGUCGUUUUGUAUUAAGGUUUUAUUUUUUGAGCUUUGGCUUGCAAACCAAGGUCUUUACUUAGUUUAUUAAAAAACUAUAAUUGUAAGUUGUUACAUUGUCACAUCUUUGUCUCAGUAACAUUACAUUUUUUCCUUUUUGAACAGUUCAUGAUAGACUGCAGUCAAAGUGUCUUUAAACUGGAGACAACAUGUGGUUUACUGUCUGGUAAAGGAUCAGAGACCAUUGUUAUACGAUUUGCACCAACAAAUCCAAUCAACUAUUACAGGAGGUUAACCUGUCUUGUUCAAAAUCAGGUAACUUUGUCAACAGAGUUUUCACUUAUGUCUUUGAAUGAAGAUACUGAUCAUCUGUCAAGGGAAUAGGCAUAGGGAAAAUGGUUAAACUUUGGAAACUGGAUAUGAGAAAACUUGGAUUAUUAUACGUUUCCGGGAAAGUGCCCACCUACCCCUCCCCUAAGUCAAUAGUUUGCUCUAAGUGAGAAGCAAGUGUUAAUUUUGGCUUAGGGGAGGGGUAGGUGGGCAGUUUCCCAGAAACGUAUACUAAUCUGAAAACUUUUGAUAGUUCUAGGGGACUGGAAGGCUAUGCCACUAUUACUGAAAAAAAUAAAGACAACAACAACAACAGCUUAAGUUAUUUCAAACUCUUUGUUCCAAAAAUAAAUUCAUGCAAGUAGCAAAGGCUAUUUGAGGUGGGUUGUGUAAAAAAAAAGUAGAUUCAUAAAAUAAAUUGUAAAGAAAAAAAAAGUGUUACAGGAAAAAUGAAGAUUAACUAAGUAAGACAAUAGAGCACAAUUAAUUACACCCUCAAUAUGCGAAACGACAGUUUUUGAAAUUUAGACUAGGGACAUACGUAGCCCCCUAGAGGGCCCCAGAUAACCAGAGCUUCAAAAUUUUCACGUAUCUAGUGUCUAAAGUUUAACCAUUUUUUUUCCUUUUUCAUGGUGGUUUAAGAGAUUGUUUGGAAUGAUUUCCACCAAGUGAACCAGGCCCUGAAUAGAAGUAAUGCUCUACUUGAUACUUCCAGUGUAUUCGAGGCUACUUGAGCAUAGAUGGUUUAGCCCCAUUGUCAAUACACUUAAUAAUUAUCACUUCCUAACAAGUAGUGGCUAUGUUAAACUGUUUCAGUUAAAGUUGAAAACAAUUAUUAUUGUUUGCAAUAUUUUUAACAUGAAAUGGUCCAGAGAAUCUACCUAGGCUGUUUUAAGAUUUCACUAACAAUUGUUUAUAUCAAUUUGAACUUUCUGUCAUAAAUUCUGUUUGCUUGUAGGACCCACUUCUCAUUGAUCUGUUUGGAACCUGUCACACUGAACAAGUGAAGCCAGGUAUAGAAAAAAUAUUUAUAUAUGAUUGAUAAUUGCUUCCUAUUUCAAUCUGAUAUCUCCUUAUUUUCACACUGUAAUAAAAUGAGGAGCGAUAUGUUUCCGAACUGUUUCCAGUGUCAGCAAUAUUGAAUUGUUGAAUUCUAAAGACUGUAUCAAAGUUUUAGGAAAAGAAAAAGAAAGUCCUUGUCUUGUGGUCCUGUCCUCGACAAUAACGUGAAAUUAGUUUAGUUGUGCAGCAACAGCGAAGAAAUGUACAAGAAAGCGUGAUGCACGUGCAAAGUUAUUGUUUUGCCAAUCUAAAUCUAUUGCUUUUUUUCCUGUUCUGGUUGCUGUCGCUGUCGUUGUUGCCUAAGCUCCCUAAUGCAGUUGGUAAAACAUGUUUGUCUUACCUCCAGUUGCCAUCUUUGGAAACCUACUUCUCACCUUCUAUUUGUCCACAUAUAAAGACUUCUGGCGCUCUUUUCCAAAGGUUUCAAUCACAGUGAUACUGUCUCAUACCUGUGGACAUGCAAUGUUUAGGGUGUAGUGUGUCAAACACUUCGUAGUAGCUAAUACACUGGACUGCUUCUUGACAUAAAAUUCAGGCUCCAUGGAGUGGGUAGCUGAAAAAGGUUUUUGAUUAUUUAUUUCUAUCGUUAUCUUUGCAAUUUAGCUGUUCUUCAGAAGAAGCAUCUGGAUCAAUACCAAACUCAUGUUAGGCGUGGCUUGUCAAGAAUCUCACCUGAGGUAAUUAGCAUCACUAUAAUCAUGACAUCUGAUUUCAGUAGCUGUGUAAUGCCACAGUGACUGAAUUUUUUUGAGAUGAAGAUUCUUUGGUUCAUAUUAAAUCUUUCAUUUUUGUAGCAACUCAAUGAAGAUCUGAAGGCAAGCAAACUCCAGCUUGAUGAAGAUGGAGCACUGAUGGCAGUAGAGGUUGGUAUCGACAUAUCACAUUGUUCCACUUUUAACCCUUUCACUGCCAAAUGUGGCAAAGGUAAGAUUCGACAAAAAAUCCCAAAUUUCAUUUUGUGAAAUCUUGAAACACAAGUAGCACCAUGUGUAAGUACAGGUAGAGAGGUUUCAUUUGAAUGGUCACUCCAUAGGGUUUCGUCCACAGACUCAAAAGCUACCUUACAAAACUCCAUUAUUCACUCUGGCAGUGAAAAGGUUAAGGUGGCUCCGUAAUUAAUACUAGAGCAUUUUGCUGUGACAAAUUAACCGUCAUAACUUUUUGGUUUUUAACGCGAUGGCUGCGAAACUUCGCAAACAGAAACAGAUAUCAUUCGGCAAUAAUACGAAAUACUCCGAUUUCAUUGAUGGUAAAUAUUUCUUGAGAAAUUAGCGCUUAAAAGGACCCUACUGUUCAAAGAAAAUCGCGUCUAGUAAAAAAUUUUGCUGAUAUUUUUUACUGAAAUUCCUGGUAUCGGCUUUCAUUGAUAUAAUAAAUAUGCCAGAGGAAUUUCAGAAAAAUCGUUGGAGCAGAAGUCCGUAAAUAAAAGUGGCUCAAAAUUCAGCUGUUAAAUUGUUUUGGAAUUUCAAAAAUGAAUUACUCUCAGGGAGAAGGAGCCACCAGUUUGAAUUUUCGGGAGAAGUAAAUUCAACGUUUACUAAUUUUUAAAACAAAAACCGAUUGCCUAUCGUGCUAUUCUUUAAAAGGUACUUUUUAGUUUUAGAAGCACUAUAAAUUGCUCCAAACCUUGCUCUGAAGUAGAAUGACUUGUUCUUCGACAGUUUUAAAAUAUCCCUUGGCAGUUUUGGCUCAAACUCCUGCUGCAUACAUUUUGAUGUAUUGCAAUGCAAUUUCAACGACUUUUACUGCUAAUCGUUGCUUCCAACUCAGGAAAAAAGUAUUGAGAUUGGACGCUACCUCGUAUCAGAGCUCAGAUAGAACUCUCCAGCACCUUUGUUUAUGACUACAAAAUGAGCACGAGCGGCAGUUCUGCGAGGAAUUCGCACCUCACCCAGGGGGGACGAACGACAAUGAUUACCAUGCCUGUGAUCCGAAUAACAUCACAGUGCAAAAUAAAAUUAUCGCAAAAAUACUGCCCGUGAAUAAAUUUACAACUCUGAAAUUUUUGUCACUCCUCCCUUCAAUGAAUGGGUAUUUUUUUUCUUGAUUAUUAUGUUUUGCUCUGCAAUACAUGUUUAUACAGAUCGGUUCACAGACAUGGGCAUCAUUGUCAUUCGUCCCCCCUGGCUGAGGUGCGAAUUCCUCGCAGAGCUGCCGCUCGUGCUUAUUUUCUGGUCAUAAACAAAGGUGUUGGACAGUUCUAUCUGAGCUUCGAUACAAGGUAGCUUACAAUCCCAAUACCUUUUUCCUGAAUUGGAAACAACGUACGGCAGGAAAAGCCGUUGAGGAUGCAUUGCAAUACAUCAAAAUGUAUGUAGCCGGAGUUUGAACCAAAACUGCCAAGGGAUAUUUUAAAAAUGUCGAGGAACAAGUCAUUCGACGUCAAAGCAAAGUUUGGAGCAAUUUAUAGUGCUUCUAAAACUGAAAAGUACCUUUUAAAGAAUAGCACGAUAGGCAAUCGGCUUCUGUUUUCAGAAUUAGCAAUCACUGAAUUUACUUGUCCUGAAAAUUCAAACUGGUGUCUCCUUCUUCCUGAUAGUAAUUUAUUUUUGAAAUUCCAAAACAAUUUCACAGCUGAAUUUUGAGCCACUUUUAGUUACGGACUUCUGCUCCAACGAUUUUUCUGAAAUUCCUCUGGCAUAUUUAUUAUAUCAAUUAAAGUCGAUACCAGAAAUUUCAGUAAAAAAUAUCAGCAAAAUUUUUUACUAGACGCGAUUUUCUUUGAACAGUAGGGUCCUUUUAAGCGCUAAUUUCUCAAGAAAUAUUUACCAUCAAUGAAAUCAGAAUAUUCCGUUUUAUUGCGGAAUGAUAUCUGUUGUUUUUUGUAAAGUUUCGCAGCCAUCGCGUUAAAAUCGAAAAAGUUAUGACGGAAAAUUUGUCACAGCUUAAUGCUCUUGUAUUAAUUACGGAGCCACCUUAAACAGCACCGCCGUCAAUAUUUACUGCUACUGGAACAUUAGCCUGUGAAUAAAGCGGCCUGCCAUCGCUCCCUGUUGCCGGGAAAAUCUUGGAAAACGCUAACAGCGAAGGGAAUGAGAGUGACCUGUAUUCCCGGCUAGGGAAAGAUUGGAAAAAAGUCAACUAAAACUUAAUCAAGUUUGACACCGUUAUUUGAUUAACUUCUGACCAGUUAUGUUACUUUCUUGUUAAUUAGAAUCAUUUUUUACCUUACCACAGACCUCUUCAUCUGCUGUUGUCUUACCAACCAUGUCAGAUCUGUCUCCUAUGGAGGAAUUCUUUUGUCAUGCCUCAGUUGGAGAAACUGUAAGUGCUAGGACAAUAUAAAUUAGAGAGCUUACUGAAACUCCACCUGUUAGUUAUUCUUCUCCAUUUGUAUUUGGCUUUUUCCAAGCUUCGCAUGAUUUUAGAGGGAGAGGAAAUGGCUUUUCCACUUCAUUCUGUUAAAACGACCGUAAGGUAGUCAACAAAUGUUUAUACCGGGAGGCUCCGCCCCGAGUCCAACCCCCUUACCCUUUUAUAUACCAUUUUUCCCGAAAAAGGUACCCCUUUCGUAUACUUUCUAUUGACAAAUGGUACCCCUUCACUUACCUUGUUUAGAACUUUGCAUCGCUUUUAACUGCUGUAAAUGCACUGUCUUUUAAAUAGGAAUCAAUCACCCAUAAAAUUCAUCUGUUAGCCCUUUUGGGCCCUUUCACAGACCCAAAUGACAGAUUUCUCUACCCUUUCAUAUACUUCAACUGGUAAAAUCCCUACCCUUUCAUACACCUGAGGCCUAAAAAAGAUACCGUUUUGGGCGGAGCUUCCCCAUAUAGGCCAUUAUAGGGGGUACCCCCCCCCCGGGGGUAUUGUAGUCCAUCGCAGGAUUACCCCUCUGCAGUAUUUUACUGUUCCCUUUACAGAAACAACGUGAUCACAAGGCUUGAACCCAGCCCACCUGAUGUGAAGACCCCUAGGUCAUCAUAUCGCCUCACUUUAUAACUUUUCCCACCUUUACUAUAUUUGAUUUCCAGACUGCAGUCGUUCCACACGUUAGUUUAGAUGUUCACCAUGCCGACUUCGGACAGUUACAGGAUCCCAACGCCGUGGCCCAAAAGGUACAGUUCUUUUCUCUAUGGGUAGCUUUAGAGACAGUGGGUGGGUACUUACUAUUUACCAAAAGUGUCCGAAAAAACCGGUUGGAAAAGAGAUGAAACACCUUUUUUUGGUCUUUCCAGCGGAAAAUGUCCGGGUGCAACGGAACAUCUUUUUCUCCGGAAAAUGUUCCCGCUGGGUACUUAUCAUGGGACAACCGGAAAUUGAAGUUGUAAAUCAAAUGUUUCGCACCAUCCCGUUUGAGAAGCGUCAGAAAACAUGGGCUGUGAUUUAAGGCGAUGCAGUUCAGUUUUCUUUACUUGAGUCCUGUUUAGCUGAUGUUGAUAUACUCUGCAGGGUCGUUUGACCUCCCCUACCCCGUCGAAUUUUAUAGUUUUGUGUUUAUCCACAAGAUUUGUAUCCGGGUGUUUUGUGUAAUAGGUGAGCACCUAGUGUUUCAUUGAAAAUAUCAUGAUUUUGAUUGGAGAUAAUCCUUCGCUUGCAGACAGUCAACAUCACAAAUCAUACAAGAGGGAAGAUAACCUGUAUGUGGAUGAAAGGUACGUCUUGGCUUAGUUUUGGUCUUGUUAAAGGCGACAAGAGGAGGCUGCAAUCUUAAUCUCCGGGGUGCUCUAACGCAUGUUUGGCACAUAUGUAGUCAGCAUUCGUUUGGACUUCCACUAAGAAUAAAUGGAAUGCAAAGAACGCAAUCUGAUCACGUGCGUUUUGACCUUCUAUCACGUGAAACUUACGCAAAGAACCAGCGUUGAAGCAAGAGCUUUUUUGGUCUUCUGUCAGAAGUCUGUAACUCGCUCGUACUCACUAACAUUUGGUUAUCACUAGUUUAAGCUUUCUAAUUUUUUUUUUAACGUUAGGUUCUUUGUGUUUUAUUUGUUGCAGACACAAAAGGAAUAUUUUCUGUUUCACCUGAAGAGUGUGAUAUUCUGCCUUUAAAAACCGCUUCAUUCAGAUUGACGUUUAGACCUGUGAGUAUAGAGUACAAUUUAGCCUGUUCUUCUUUCCUUUACAAUCCCGUGCGCGAACAAUGGGGAGUUUAUGUCACGGCAGUCCAGUUCAUUGUUUAAUUUUGCCAAUUACUCGCCCUCGAUCGCUAUAGAACUUAAAGUAAGCAAAGAAAUUACAUGUAAAUGACAAAGUCAGAGAUUCGAGACACACAAAUAUGUCUCCUGAGCAUUAUUUUUGAAGUUGCAAGCAGCAGAGAUAAACUUUGAAAAACUGUUAGGCUAAACAGUUUUCAAAAACCCUAAUUUUAAUCCGUUUCAAUCUUCUUCAGUUUUGCCCAUCCGUGGUAUCUGUUGUAUCUGUUGUGUUAUUUUAACCUUCCUUUAAAGUUUUAAGCGGUUAUUUUUAUGUUUCUCUUGGAUUUAACGGGCAUUUUGUAAUUUCCUAAUUUGGCCGAAUUUCGUGACACAGCUCCUUCAAGCAACAACGAUGGCGACGGCUACGAAAACGUCACUUAAAAAAACGAAGUCACGCUGCUUCAAACUUUAUCGCUCUUAGUCUAUCUCGUUCAGUUCGUCAAAUGUUGGCAAUUUUUUCUGGAGUUGAAUUCUAAAAGACUGUAUCGAAGCUCAGAAAAAGAAGAAGAAAGUCGUUGCCUUGCGUACACGUCCUCUACAAAACGUUCAAUUAGGCAUUUUCACGUCGUAGUCAUACAGUGACGGCAAAGAAAUGUACAAAAAAACGUGAUGCAAGUGCAAAGUUGUUGUUUUGCCAAUCUAAACCCGUUGCUCAGUUUUAUGCCGUUCUCGUUGACGUCGUCGUCGUCGUUGCUUAAGCAACCUAAUAGGGAUGGUGUUAAGUGUCCGACGGCUACCUAUUCAACUCCAGUUACCGCUCGAAUUUUUCCGGACAUCUUAAGGAUGUACACUUACCGUGGCUUGGACUGUAUAGCAUAUUAAUCUUUUCUUUCCAUUUUCUCUUCAUUGUUUUAGAAUGCCGCAAAUCAGUUUUUCAGUGGUGAUCUGGAAUGCUAUGCAUUUUACAAGGUAACGAAAUAACCUAGGUUAUUAUAAAUACCAGAUUGGUGAUAACUGUAAGGAAAAAGAACGUCGAUCAUCACCAAUAAUUACAUAACAGUCGAGCAGGCCAGGACAUCACCUUCCACGCAGACGUUCAUAGGGGUUUGUCACGCGUUCCUGUAACUGGGAUUGCUUGACGAGGCAAAAGAACGCCUGCGUGGGAGAUUAACCGUGGGUGGGUUGUUCAAAGCUGGGUUAAACUAACCCAGGGAUAGGGCGAAAUUUUAAUUUAGCUAUGAUAGCUUAAAGAGCAAAUUUAGCUUAAUUCUUUGAUUGGAUGCUCUAUAAUGGAGAAAAUUGUCUGAGAAAAUGCUUUUGAGAGGAAGAAAAAGAAACUUGGAUUAAAAUUAAACUCCGGGUUAGUGGUAUUCUUUGUUCGAAAAACUGGGUCCAGGACAGUGAUCAGUCAAUUAUCAGUAUUCAAUUGGGCUUUCGUGAUUGCUCACGCUUACUUUCAGAUAACAUUACUAUUUUCGUGUUUUGUUGCAGAGCAUGAGAGAUUAUCGGCUUGUCGAGGAUGCUACCAUGUGCCCCCCUUGGUGCUUGACGUUAAACACGACAGGUUUGUAACAUUGUCUCUUUAUAGACCAUAAGGCACUUGAACCAUAUACUGAAACGCCCAAACUUUUGACUCUCAGUAAGUUUGUUUUCCAGCUGAUUUUAUCCCCCAUUUUUCCUGAGUUAAAACUCGUUUAUAAUAUUCUAAGAAAUUUAGCUUGCGUCGUAGACGUAAAUUAACCUCGGUUAAUAGCGUCUGCGAACGGAUGUACUCAGCGAAUUGCCGGAAGUGAAUUUCGAAUUCCUUUCACCUUGAUUGGCAAAUUGACAGUGGCUUUUCUAAGAGGCCAAUCACGGUGCAAACUCAAAUCCUGGCACUCAGGUGAGGGCCCAGAACAAGGAUUUCGGCGCUGUUUCGCAGACAAACUUAACCAGUGUUUAGUUUUGUGUCUGACGCAGGGUAAAGAAAUUGUGUUAUGUAAAGGUUUUGCUAUUCUUAAACACAUUGUCUCUUGACCUAUCAGCUAAAAAAUAUAAGGGUUGCUUAUUAUAACUGGGUUUAGUACGUUCCUAGCCAUCUUCCAUUUUGCCAGUUGAAUAACAAUGUCAGGAAAUGAUGUAGUACUGUACAGUUUAAAAAAAUACUAUUUCUGUAAAACAAGUGAUAAUCAAGAUCAUGUGCGUUCGACUGAUCUCGAACCCAGUCUCCCUCUCUAUUGGCAAGUUGGCGAUGAUGUCAUUCGCCUCUGCAAAAUCUUCGGGGUGCCUGGCAGCUGUCCCAAGAUCUGUUCCAUCAACGACGUUUGUCCCAUACAAUCUCACUCGUAUCUGUAUUAGGAUUGCGUUCCUCUGCGUCGAACAUAAUAACCCACGUUGAAAAAAAAAUGCAAUCUGUUGGCAACAAUGCAAUCUAUAGGCAAACGUCACUUUAGCAGAUAAGUUUUAAUAACAGGUAUUUUAUUUUUAGGGCACACUUUUGCAUUAGGCACUGAAACAUUUAUUCCUAGGAGUCAAUUUGACACCAAGCACUUGGUAAGUCUUUUUUGGAAUUGUUGUUCUUUGUCGUCUCACGAUAAUAAGUAACCUUUACCCUCAGUGACCUUUGUUAAGGUGAUAGAUAGUCCAAGGUCAAGAGUAUUAGGAAUACCUAUAUUCCCGGCUGACCAAAAAAAAUGAUGUCUAGAUAACUUGAAGCGACAAGUAACUUGUAUGUUAAGUUUUAUUAAGUAAUGUUAAGUUACUUACCUGAAGCAGAAUCCUUAAUAGAAAACUGCAAAUUAUAUUGUUGCUAAGUAAAAAAGAGUUAUGUCUUUGCUUGUAAAAUGUGACGCUCAAACAGCCAGGUCUGAAGGCUUCUCUCUUUGUAAUAACAGGUCUUCCCAGCUGUCACAGUGAAUGCUGUUUCAUACAGAACUCUGUUGCUAAGCAACACGGGACAGAACCCCAUCCACUUUGCAUUUGAGGAUGAUCCGUCAGGGUAUGUAUGUAACGUGUAAAUUGGAAAAUUGAUAAGUUCUUAAGAACUUGUGGAGACGUGUCAGUGCUUUCUAAGUCAAAUUGGAAUUUGGAAGUGUUGGUUUUUAAGAAGAGGAGAAUCUGGAAUACCCGGGGGAAAAGCUUUCGGAGCAGUAUUGGAGAGAACCAACAACAAACUCAAUCCACAUAUGGCGUCGACGCCGGGAUUUGGUGCUCUCACCACUGCGCCACCCUCGCUCCUCCAUUCAAAUUUAACAGAAUCAGUUUUUUUUAAUAGAUACUUUAAGGUUUUCUGUUGACAUUUGAGCAAAAACAGCACUCGACUCAUAAAUAGAGUUGACCCUCCAAUGGCAACCACCUGCUAUAUGCGACCACGUUACCAGUACACCAAAACUCGUUUUUGUCCUUUUCAAAGUAUAAUAGGCGAAUUCUCCCGUUAGCGACCAACUGCCGGGGUUAAUUUUAUAAAACUUUUACAAGUGAAGCUAUUGUUUUCAGACUCUAAAACAAUGGCUACUCUUGUAAACUACACUUGUAAAAGUUUUAUUAAAUUGACCCCUGUUCAGGAUGGUUUUCAAAUCAGGAUCCGCCACGAUCUCUACUAUCCUUCAGAUUGCUGGACCCUUUUUGGCCAUCUUCUUUGGGGAUUAGAACGUACAUGCGGCAACCAGGCCCAAGAAAGGAGUGUCUAUCUCGGCAGUCGUUGUCGUAGUGAUUGCCACGUUUCUUUCAGCGAUCAUGGCAAUCGUGUAAAACCAGUCCUCCAAAUCGGUCCACCUCUGUACAAUGAAAGUGGCCGAGUUCGAUUGAGAAUUAUUCAUUGAUUCGUUCAAUGAUCAAUCGAGGUUUCUGGCUAACUGAUCACCUACUCCUUCCCUAAGUCCCAUUUUUGCCGUAGGUGAGAAGUAAGCUUUAAUGUUGACUUAGAGGAGGGGUAGGUGGUCAGUUACCCAGAGACCUCAAUUGAUGCGUUAUAAUAACUACCCACCUACCCCUCUCCUAAGCCAACAUUUUGCCCCAGGUGAGAAGUAAGUGUUAAUGUUGACUUAGGGGAGGGAUUUGUGGUUAGUUACUCAGACCCCUCAAUUGAUCCCGUUUAUUGACUUAUGGUUUGUUUCUCCCGUAGAGAGUUCACAUGUAGGCCCAGAACAGGGCUACUCACAGACAAAUACCAGGUACCUUCUGUUUAAAAGAAAUUAUAUUUCGUGGGGCUUACAAAUUUAAGCGUCAUCCUAUAUAAUGUAUUUGACAAAUGAAAGUUGAUGUAACCAGCAGGGUGGGGUGGGCAGGAUGAGUGACUUCUCCUGGAGGAGUCUUUGAAUAUCGCCUUAUCCGGAUAUGGAAAACACCCCCCCCCCCUCCCCCCCACCCGUCCCCUCCCAUUCAGCUCUUGAGAGUUGAUCUAACCACGAGGGAAGGAAGAAGUUUUCAAAUAAACAGAGGGGUCUUUGAAUAUUGCUUAUCCGGAUAUGGGAAGCAAAUAUUUCCCCACCACUCACCUGAAAUCUUGAAAAAUCAAAAGUACGCCUUUUCUAACCACAAAUAUUAGUGAUACCAAACGUUUUAAGCGUCGGUUUUACUGUAUAUACUUUUCAUAUUUAUUUUCAGUUGAUCGUGUUUAAAUUGACCCCGUCUGAAGCAAAGACCUUUAAACACACGGUCAAGUGUAAGCUCAACGAUGCUGAUAAAUUUACGCAGGUUUGAAAAAAAAUAUUUCUUGUUUUGUUUUCUUACGUAACGCAAAACUAGUGAUUGCAUUUGUGAACAUAGGCAGAGUGUCACGUUACACUGGUACCAAAAUUUCUUGAUCUCAACAAUCUCUCUUGACUGAGUCGACCAUUUACAUCUUCGAACGAUCGAAGAAAAGUAUGGGCCUCCGUAUUGUUCCUUGGUGCAAGCACACACAGGAAUGUCAUGCAUGUCAAUUUUUUUCUACCGCCCAAAUUCACAGUUUUGCGAUGUAGACGUAAUUUCGUAACUUGCUUAUGGAUAAUUUAAAAUUUAAGUUACUUUCUUCUUGGAUUGAAAAACAUGGUUGCACAGACUUAAUGAUAAUCUUAUGGUUUGUCUACGCAGGAGGUCAGCCUCGUGGGAUCCGCUGAGAUACCCUCCGUCAAGCUUAAUAACCAGGUGAUUUUCUUAAGAAGCAUUAUCACCCUUGCAGUGAACCGUUUGCUGUUUAUUUCCCAUGUGUUGCCUCUCCAUCAUCAUCUCCAUUAUCAUCGUCAUCAUCAUCAUCAUCAUCACCAUCAUCAUCAUCAUCAUCAUCGUCAUCAUUAUCGUCGUCGUCAUUAUCAUCUAAAUUAUCAUCAUCGUCGUCGUUGUUGUCGCGGUCGCCAUCAUCUUCACCACCACCACCACCACCACCAUCUUCAUCAUCAUCAUCAUCAUCAUCAUCAUCAUCAUCGUAAUCGUCGUCGUCGUCGUCAUUAUUUUAAUCGUCAUCAUCAUCGUCGUUGUCGUUGUUGUUGCUGUCAUGAUCACCAUCAUCUCCACCACCAUGCGGACGCAUCCGAGACAGAGUUUGCAAUGCGCUGCCACGAGUCCUUGACCAUCCGCCUUUCCACCACACCUGAAUAAUAAUACUACAAAGAGCAGCUGGUCAGAUAAACAAAAAAAUUCCAAUUUAUUGUGCGUCUGUUGUGAAAAUGAGUUAAGUAGAUUAAAGGACGUCCUACCACGUUUUGUCCCUUUUUCAGAGAUUCAUAAUUGAAAGGACUCAUAAAAGUAUCGUAGCGCUCAAGUUGAUCGUUCGUAUUGGCUCUAUCUUACGCAUUUUCUAACAACAAAACUUUCUGUCCUGGUAAACAGCUUUUGUUUAAAUUUUUUGUUGGUCCUCUCUUUCAUUAACUGAUAUAAUUUUGUAAACAUUGUUAGAACUGAGCGCCAUACAGCUUGAUUUAUCAUUUUUUCCGAAGGAGCUCACGUUACGCUUCAAUUCUUUCAGGGAACUGUUUACUUCAAACCCACCUGUCUGGGUACAGCAUCGACCAGAAGAUUUAAACUGAAGAACACUUCCAGGAUUCCGUUAAGGUGAAUUCCUAAUGAGUUUUAAAGGUGAAUGCUUUCUUAGCGUUGUGUUCGUUUUACAGAGUUUCCUCGUUACUCGACCCAAGAAAUUGUGCCCCAAUGGUUGAAAGAAGAGCCUGCUCCAGCUUGGCGGUUUUGUACCACGUGAAUGGCUAGCUACUAAAGGCCUAUUCUUUACUGACUAUUUCAAACUUUCUUGUUCGUUAGAUUUUCAUGGAAGAUCCCUGGUCCUCAAGUAAAACAUCUCAGCAUAGAUCCUUUACAAGGAAUCAUCCUUCCCAAUGAAAAUCAGGUAUGCACCCCACCAUCGGUGCUUUGCGUCUCAAACAGUAGGCCCAGUGCUUUCACUCAAUAGGCUGAUUUAAAAACAGAACGGGAACGUCCUUUUGACGACGGGGAAGCGCACAGAAAGGACUAAAUUCGACUUCCAGUGCCCAUUUUCCACUCUGCCGUUGGUCAAACCAGUUGUUUGAUUUGCGCGCGCUGUUGUCAACUGACGUUCCCGUUCUGUUGCUAAAUCAGCCAGAAAUUAUCCAGGUAUCGAGAAGUGGAGUUUAGAACGACUUUGAUACGUUUGGAAAAUCUAAGGAGACACUUUGUUAAAGGGACUGUGUCACGUGUCAUGCCUGUCUAGUUCAUUUUGUUAAUGCCAACUGCACUUCCCUUAGUCUCCUUCGCUCCCGUUCUUAGGGUUGUCACGCAACGCUAGGAGCGUUGCGUGACGACCCCAAAAACUGCUGCGAGGAGACUACGCUUCUCUAUGCGCUGCUGAAACUAAACGUUAACAAAGAAAUGUUUUGUAAACGACAAAAUCACGGCUUCGUAUCCAACAAAUAUACUUCCCAACUGAACUAUUAUAUCAAACCAGGAGAAACGUUACAAAAACAAAAAUGAACUUUGAAAAAGUGUUAGGCUAAUAAGUUUUCAGAAGCCCACAAUUUCAAUCCCUUAUAAUCUUCAAGUUUGUCCAUCCGUACCUACUUAUGCAUUUGUUUUGUUAUUUAUACCUUUUUAAAUGUUUCGAGCGAUUAUUUUACGUUUCAUUCAAUUUGGUGGCAGUUCCUUCUAUUAGAAUUUUGAUAAAAUUCGUGACGCAGCUCCUUUAAGUACUUGAUAUAGCUUCAGUCUCCAAUAAACAGUAAUUCCUUAAAAACCUGAAAGUUAGGUUUGCACAUUGAUGAGAAUUUGCCUUGAACAUUUUGUUCCAACCAACUUGUUCUUGUUAAUCCUCAUUUCUUUGAUUCCGCGUGGGAAGACCAAACUGAAUGAUUUCUCCUCCAAUUUGUAUUUGCAAAGAAAGUGAAAAUUGAAGCAAUGCAUACCUCGUACGUGGUCAAAAAAUAAAAGUAUGCCAAUUUUACCAUCACUGUAAAUUUUCAGUAGGGCAUUUUGCCCAAAUUUUGACAUAAAUAUUUCGGCAAUUACUUCUGAGACUUAACUUUCAUGAUCGUUUGUGAAUCAAUAUCUACCACCACUAGCUUUGCCAAAUCUGUUGAGCUCUUAUAGAUGAUUAACACAAUGUGGAGGAUGUUUUUAUUAAUUAUUGUCAACUUUAAUUAUAUUGUAUUUUUUUUCUCAUAGGCUCAUACGUUUCACUUCAUUCCUCUUGAAGAGGACAAGUACCUCAUUAAGACAAAGCUAACCGUGAAAGGAUUGCAAACAGAUGCUCAUAGACAGUACGUAUAAAUUACUCCCGAUGCACGCAUACAAAUUGUACCUGUAAAUCAAAUAUAAGUCAGUCAUACUUUCACUUUACUUCAUGAUUCAGAAUCAGAUGUGGUUUAUCGUAAGAAAAUCGUUUUUACGACAUUGGUAUAACUUGUAAGGGUUUUUUCUGAGAUUAAAGUCGAAAUUAUGACGAGACGAACUAAACUCUAUUUUGGGUCGAACUUAAGACAUGUCGAACCUGUCAAGUGAGUCAGAUCAGUUAUAAAUUGUUCCCGCGCGAGGUUAAUAUACAUUAUCACACAAAUUUUUAAUUUACCAGUUUAGUUCGUCGCAUGUGAAGAUCGACGUUUGUCCCGGGGACGAUCUUCAGACAUUCUAUCCGUCCGUUAGAACGUUUUGGACGAUCCAGACUCAUUCAGAUGAACUUAACUGAGCCAGACGUCGAGCUUUUCAAGAAUUUAACCCACAAAGUUUGGUUCGCCUCAUGAAAAAUUUUGAUGAUUGGCCAAGGCCUAAGGCAUUUUGAAAUGAACUCGGAGCGUGAAGCUUAUAAAUAGGUGGUGAACUUUCUUUACUCAUUGAGACAAUUAACUUCUCUAAUUUUACAGAACAGCAGAUGAAAAGAACUAUUUAGUGAGAGUUAUCGGCGAAGGUUCUGUUGGGGAAAUUGUGGUAUGUAUUGGUUAUUUGUUAAAAAAAUUUAUGCAGAAAAGCAUUGCUUUGUCAUUUUUGGGAAGUAUUGCUUUUGCCGUCGUUGUCGUUAUUGCGUAAACUCCCUCUUGACGAUUUGCACGAUUUAUCAAGCUUUGCAGUUGCCAAAGAUAACCUGUGGUUUCUAACAUGUCCUGGGAUUGAGUGUUUCCUUAGUAUUUUGUUCAAAGGUUCUGGUUUCUUUGCAGUGUAUGGAAGACUCAGUGAAUUUUGGUGACAUUGUUGUUGGUAGCUCUGCAUCUCGAGAGCUGACAAUCCACAACAACAGUGACUGUAGUCUACAUUACAAUCUGUUCAUUGACCAGGAAGUAACGGGACCAUAUGACGACGACCAGACCGCAAGAGAUAUUCUA